AUGGUCUUGAUAUCACGGCCGCCGUCGUUGCUACGGCCACUGCGACUCAAGCGACUACCGAACCAGUCGUCGUUGCGACUCUUCACCCAAAACCACCCGCUCCUUCUCAUCACACGCACAUCGUCACCGCGACCGCAACUUCCAUAUCUGUCGCAACCUUCACGAGCCGCUUUCGCCUCAAGACAAACAGCGCGUUUCUUGACGACUGAAAAUAAGAAUUAUGUCAAGGAGCAGGUCUGGCUGGCUGCCAAAUGGUCCGCCGUAGGAUGGUCCUUCUUCUUCCUUGGAGUCGUCGCUCUCUACGGCAUCAACCAGGAAGUGCUGGAACGCAAGACGCCUUCCCCUGACGAAUGGUCUUUCUUCUCGCGCAACCACUUCCGAUGCGCCAACGCUGCCGUAAAACCCGAUCACGAAUACACCGACUGGGCCCAAGUCGCGACUGAGUUCAGGAGAUGCCUGGAAAGACUCGAGAAUCCUGACAUUGAUGGCAAGGGCACCACNCCUCUCGCCCCUGGACUGGACGACAUUCGCGGAAUCAACCCAUCAGCUUUCGACAUCUCGGAUAAGUCAUAUGCUUGGAAGGAGGGCUAUUUCCAGGUCGUCAUGCAGUGUGCCCGUGCUUCGGAACAUAUCGACAACAUGGUUCUCGACACUUCUCGCAAGAUCGUCUUUCCCAAAGAUGUUGUUAUUGGUCCUUCAAACCCCAACCCUCGUCCUUGUCCUCCUGGCGCCGAGUCUGCUCCACGUGAGGAGGAUUGCGAGAGGGCAUAUGCGCCACCAGAGACCUUUUACCUCAAGGUCUUGACUGGUCUUGGUUUCUCCAGCCGUCAGAGGAUGGAGGCUGCUCUGGCAUACGCCAAUUGGCUCGAGAUCAAGGGCUUGACCGACUCGGCCGAUGAGACAUACAAAUGGGCCGUCGACAUUGCUGCUUCUGCUCUCCCCGCACAGGAUGCCGUCAUCGACAAAGACACUUCUAUCCUCCGUGUUCAGGAGGCAACCCCUCCCAGCCCCAACCUGCUCCGCGCUGCAACUGCUCUCGCUACGCAUCGUGCCCGUUCCGGCAACGUCACUUCUGCUCUUCCUAUCUUCUUGUCUGUCCUGCGUGCUCGCCACGCCUCUCCAAUCGACAUUGCUCCUGCCACCAGAUCGAAUUACACACCUUUCUACGUCUCUGACCCUACAAACACUGACAUCGGCUCCUUCAUUCACAUUGUCAAGUCUCUUUUCACUCCUCCUACUUACCCUGCUGAACCUCCAUCCGGCGAUGAACCAUUCCUGCGCCAACCAGCAUCCAUCCCUGACUGCGCCGAAGCUGAGCUUAUGCUCUACAUUGGUGAGAUCCUCUUCGCAACCGCCUCGUCCGGUCGUGAAGACGAAGGUCUCGGCUGGACCAAGCAAGCAGUCGCCAUUGCCGAACAAGGCUCAUCUUCGAACGACGUCCUGCCCGAGAACCGCGACAAGUGCAAGGCAUGUCUCGAAACUGGUAUCGCAAACUGGGGCGCCAUGGUCGCAAAGCUGUUGAGAGAGUCUCAUUCCAAGCCCGUUACGUCCUCUUCAUGGUCUAGCUGGUUUUCUAGUAGCCAGACAGAGGAUAAGGAGUCGAAAUGGGAAGAUGAGUUGCGUGCAGUCGAAGAAACACGCAUGAAUCUCGUCGCUCAAGGUAUCAACUCGAAGCUUGCUGCGGCCCCUCAAAGAACGGGCACUUUUAUUGGUUGA